AUGGCGAUUAGGCAUCCCGGAUUUUCGUUUCAACCCACCGACGAAGAUCUCUUUUUCCAUUACUUGUUGCGGAGGCUGAAUCAAGAACCGCUGCCCGAUCCGAACGUUGUUCGCGAUUGCGACGUGUAUGGCGGCGGCGAUCCCUGGAAUAUCUUCGACAAGGAUUGGGACGAGAAGUUCUAUGUUUUCACCAUGUUGAAGAAGAAGAACAAAUCGAGAGUGGAUAGGACUGCUGGCUCGGGUACUUGGAAGGGCGAACAGAGCCACGAAAUCAGGGAUUCACGAGGUAAGCUAGUUGGCUACAAGAAACUCUUCACUUUCAAAUCGAAAGCCGGCUCGAAUGCGGAAGCCGACAAGACCAAGAAUGGGCACUGGAUCAUGUAUGAGUACUCGACACAUCCCCACAUUGAAACAGAGUGCGUCUUAUGCGUAAUCAGCAACAAAUACGCCCGAAAAGUAAACAAGAAGGAGUGCCGUAAGCUGCGCGGCCGUGUGCAACUCGAAGAGGAGAAUCGACCAGCAAAGAAGGCACGCCUACUCUGCUAUGAUCACCCAAAUGCCGUCGACGAUCCUUCCACCGCAUUGCCGCCCUCAGCUCCGGCUGCCACUCAAGAUCAACCUGCCGCUUUCCCGGGUUUCGACGAAGACGCUGUUUUCAAUCCACCUCCUGUCGUGACUCCGAUUGUGGAUUUUGCUGGCGACGCCAACCUCUAUUCGCAUCCUACGACGACGACGACGACGACCGUGCCACAGGACAUCCUCUGCGCAUACGAUUCCCUGGCUUUCAGCGGAGACAUGGAUGAAAUCCAAUCGGAUUUCAAUAUUUCUUAUUAUUGA